UUAAGUAGUGUAUUUUUCUGACAUUUGCAUUAUUUAAAGGAAUAUAUUACUUCUUUUUUAUUAAUCCGUUUUCUGAUAUUAAUAUUCUUUGAACAAAAUAGACUUGCAAUAGAACAUGCAAAUAGUGUUAUGUCGUAAAGGCUAUGUAUUCAUUCGUUGCUUUAAAAAUGUCUUCAGAUAAAUGCAGUAAUUUGAAUCAAGCUCAGUUAGAAGAAUUUACAGAUUUGCAGAAUCGUGGAAAGAAAUUUGCAGCUGAAGGGAAACUUUAUGAUGCUUUGCAUUUAUUUGAACUAGCUAGACAAAUAUGUGAAACUCCAAAAGUAUUACUAAGGAUAAAAAAACUGAAGGAUGCUAUUAAACAAAAUAACAUGAAAGAGGCAAGCUAUACUGUAGUUACUAAAAAUCAAGUUUUAAGUGAUGUGUCUCGCACUUCUCAUAAUGAGAAAUUUGAAAGAAAAUCUUACUGUAACUAUUCAGGCAGAUUAUUCAAGGAGCCAAAUGGGAGGCGAUUUAAUUAUCCCAAUACAAAGAAGUUAUUUAAAGAGUCAAAUGAAAUGUAUGGUUCUUUCAGUGUUCUUGGUGAAAUUCAGAAUAUCAGAAAAUCAGAUAAACAUAUAUCUAAAAGUGGUCAAGAUUUAACACCAGAAAGUAUAGUAAAGUUUAGAAAACUUAAGCAGACUGCAAUUGAAUUAUCCCAUAUUGAAGCUUCUUUAGAAAACUGUAAAGCAACAUUAAAGAUGUACAGCUCCCCAAGGCUCAAAAAGUAUGCUGAAGAAAUUGAAUCUACAAUUGCUAAUUAUUCUAGUGUAUUAGAGAAAUAUAAAAAUUUAACCGAGAUUAACGAACAAUCUUUGAAUGAAGUGCAAAAAGCUGAAUCACUUGAAAAACCAAAAAUUUCAAAAGUGGUUAAAGACUUAGAGGAGAAAUUAUUAAAUAUCUGAACAUGUCGGAGUCAAACUAUUCGAGGAGAAAAUAUCUGAAAAGCAACAAAUACACAACCUGAUUCAGAAGAAAUUAUGAAAUUUCACAACACAACAAAUAUCAGUUCUGGAACUCAUCAGAGAGAAAAUCUGUCAAAUGAAAUCAUAAAAAAUCUAAAAGUUCAUAAAGAAACAGAUA